AUGGAUCUGAACCUCCUCCAGGCAAACAUCAAUCACUGCGCCAGAGCUCAAGACCUUCUAUUCCAGAGCAUGGCGGAGUGGUCGAUUCACGUAGCUGUUGUGUCCGAGCCUUACUACGUCCCAUCUGGGGUCGAUUGGGUGGGGGAUCGAGACGGAUUGGUAGCCAUAACGUCCCGGUCCAUCGAAGGCUCUCCAGCCCUCGUGGAUGUGGUCCGGGGUAAAGGGUACGUAUCAGCCCUCAUCCAUGAUAUAAUGGUGGUGGGAGUGUACUUCUCGCCAAAUCGGAGUCUAGCUGACUUUGAGGACUUCCUUGCUGAGGUCGGCGCCUUGAUAGGCAGAAGUCGCUCCAGUCGAGUGUUAAUUGCUGGUGAUCUCAAUGCCAAAUCUGUGGCUUGGGGUUGCCCGGCAACGACUCCAAGUGGACGAGAACUGGAGGAAUGGGCGACGGUGACUGGACUCAUGGUCCUUAACCGAGGAUCGGUUAACACGUGCGUGCGAAGGCAAGGUGGCUCCAUUGUUGACGUCACCUUCGCUGAUGAAUGA